CCCACCAGCACUGCUCUCCUUCACUUCACCGCCCCUUAUCAUCAAAACAAUGGAAGGGGUCUCCCCUAGCAAUCCUCUCAUUCAUAGCAGUAAAUUGUUGCCGAUGCUAUUCUUCUGUGAUCACUCCCCUUAAGCCAUAUAGAACGAGAAUGACGAAAUGAAGGAGAGACAACGUUGGCAACCAGAGGAAGAUGCUGUGCUAAGAGCUUAUGUUAAACAAUAUGGUCCAAAAGAAUGGAACCUCAUCUCUCAACGCGUGGAAGCUACUGGCAAAACCCUCAACCGAGACCCAAAAUCCUGCCUUGAACGCUGGAAAAACUACCUCAAACCAGGCAUCAAGAAAGGAUCUUUAAUCCCAGAAGAGCAAACCCUUGUCAUUUCUCUUCAAGCCAAGUACGGUAACAAGUGGAAAACGAUAGCUAGUGAAGUCCCAGGCCGCACAGCAAAGAGGCUAAGUAAGUGGUGGGAGGUUUUUAAAGAGAGGCAAUCAAAGUCCAAAUCCAAGUCUUUAUUGCACCACCACCACUGCACGGAAUACUCCAAUCAGAACCACCAACUAGAAGAUAAUAUUCCGUUCACCGGAGAUAAAACAUCUGGUCAGGGAAAGUACGACCACAUCUUAGAGACCUUUGCAGAGAAGUACGUGCAACCGAAGAUCUUCAAUCAGUUUCAACCUUUUACCACUAGUUUAUCCACUAUGACACCUCCAAUGCCCGAACCUGACCCGGUUCUUUCACUCGGGUCGGUUGGGAUGAACCCGGGUUCACAUAUAUCAUCCUCAACCAGCACCACAGUUUCAGCCACCCCAUCACCGUACGUGAGCUUGUCAAUAUCUCCAUCUGAUCGCGGCAUGGACCCGGACUCGACCCGACUCAUGCCGGGCCAACAAAUGGGCACUUUGGUUCAGUAUUGCAAGGAGCUUGAGGAGGGGAGGCAAAACUGUCUGCAACAUAAAAGGGAGGCAACAUGGAGGCUAAGUAGACUAGAGCAGCAGCUGGAGUCAGAGAAAGAAAGGAAAAGAAGGGAGAAAGCGAAGGAGAUAGAGGCAAAGAUAAGGUGUUUGAGAGAGGAAGAGGAGAGUUUUACGAGUAGGAUCGAGAGUGAGUAUGAAAAGCAGCUGAGUACAUGGCGUAGAGAUGCUGAGAGAAAAGAGGCAAAGCUUGUGGAAGCUUGGUGCAGCAAGCAUGUCAAGUUUGUCAAGCGAGUUGGGGUACAUUUUGGUGGUGGUGCAGCCAGGGAUUAG